AUGCGGAAAUGUCCCACCGUGUUGCUCCUGUUUGUGGUUCUCCUGCCAAUAGUGAGUAAAAUAGUUAACGGAAAGAAGAGUAGCUUGGUGAGGAAGGAUACCAUAUGGGGUUACAACACGAAGGUGAAAAGGAAGAAACGAUUUAAGGUAGUAACGAAUAGGGGGAAGACCGAACUAGACCGGCUGGGGGAUACCCCCCUAUGUGGUGCCGCACGAAAUGGGGAACAUUUGAACAUCGCGUUGCGGAAUGGAGGGCUGAGGGAGGCACGUCUAAACGGUUAUCAGAAGAUGACGUUUCUGUUGCAAAAAAACGAUUCAUGCAGGAAGUACACAGCAACGACGCGUAGUCCCCAGAGGACAAUACUUGGCGGUGAAAAAUAUCGAGCAAUGCUAGGGAUAGUCUUUAAAGGCACUCACCUUUGCAGCCAGAGGGAAAAACCGAUAAGCAGUGUUAUAUGUGAAAAGGAAUCAACUGGAAGGGGUGCAGAAAAUUGUCUGUCUUCCUUUUUUAACAAGAUAAAAAAAGGAAUGAACAAAUAUGUAGACCAAGUGAACAAGUAUCUGGAGGAAGACAACAUGUUGAAUUUUUUGUGGGUAUGUAAAAAUGUCUUGUGUAAAAAAAAAAUAAUUUUUUUAACAUUUUUUGUAAUGAUAAAUAGCGCAAUUAUUAGUAUCACAAUACCUCGAUGUGAUAAUUUGAUAUUCCAACAUGUAUCAAAUAGAAGGUUCGAUAAUUUUGGGCGUCUUCUACUGAAUUGUAUUUUGGUGAGAGUGAUUAACAUGAGUUUGUGUGCGAUGCGGAACUACAUUUUCAUGAUUACCAGUUCGGACUCCCUAAAGGAAGUGAAAAAAAUCUUGUUCCAAGUUUAUAUCCAUAAGGACAGUGAAUACUAUGACCAAAUGGAUCACAGCGAAAUUGUGAACAGGGUAACUUUGGAAGCACACGACUUUGCAGACAUCAUCCCCUAUUAUAUAAACCCAUUCAUAAGGAAUUUUUUUUCCAUCAUUUUAAAUUUUUCGUAUAUGUUUUACUUGAAUUAUAAAUUAUCGUCAGUCAUUAUGAGUUGCUUUUUCAUUUCCUCCGUGCUUACGAUAAUUUCGACGAAGCUGAAGAAGAGGAGGAUAAAAUCCAUAAACAGGGAGAAAAGCAGAAACACGAAAAUAUCGCUGGAGGCACUGAGCAAUAUUAAUGUGAUCAAACUGUUCAGUACUGAACUGUAUGAGUGCAGUAAAUAUUCCCAGUCGUUGGGGGACAUUCUGGGUCUUCAAAUUAAGAAGGAGCGUUUUAACCUCCUCCACAUGGUGAUAAGCAAGCUGUUUGUUUUGGUAACAUAUCUACUCAUUCUGGUAAAGGGGGAUGCACUCUUAAGGGGGAACGAAAUUGACAGGAAUACCUUCACGUCUUUUUUCUUUUACAUAAAUAAUAUAUACUCGUAUAUUGAUAUUCUGGACUACUACAUAGACAUAUGCGACAUUGUGAAUCAAUACCGCCACAUCAUCCGGCUGAUCAAGGAGCGGGCGCAGACAGGGGGGGGGCACAUUGAACCGUCUGCUAGUAACUCCUCCGACUUGGGCAGUUGCCCCUCUAAUAACAACGCAACUGCGAAACGAAUGGAUCUACACUUAGACAGGACCGCGCGAAGCAGCGAAUCCGACGUGGUGCUGCAAUUCAAGAACGUCUUCUUCAAAUACAAAAAUACAAACAACUACGUUUUGAAAAAUCUUAAUUUCAAAAUUUUAAAAAACACAAAUAAUGUCAUCCUGGGAAAAAGUGGAGGGGGAAAAUCAACGCUGCUAAAGUUGAUGCUAAAUUUUUACAAAUGCUCCAAGGGGAAGGUGUACCUUUAUAACAAGCCAAUUAGCCAUUACAGGGGAAGAGAAAUUAUGGACAAAGUUUCCUACGUCCAACAGGAUUGGAAGCUACUUAAAGGGACGAUAAAGGAAAAUCUGACCUAUGGCAUCACAGACGAUUACACCAAUUUUGACAUGCUUGAUUUGAUUAAUAUUUCCAAGUGUUGUACUUGUCAUGAGUAUAUAAGCAGACUGAGGAAGAGGUACGAAACGAUUAUUUCGAAUAGGACCGAAUUGCUAACUUCCUCUCAAAAGCAGAAAAUUUGUAUAGCCAGAGCGCUAGCCAGGAAUCCGAAGAUCCUCCUCUUGGAUGAGUCCACCUCAGCCGUGGACAAGGACAACGAACGAGUCAUUUUCCAAAACAUAAGACAGAAUUCGCUUUUUAAAGACCUAACUAUAAUUCGCAUAACGCAUAAGAAGGCCAAUUUGGACUUGGCGGACAACAUUUUCGUUCUGAAGGAGGGGUACAUAAGCAGACAAAAAAAUGUUUAG